UUCUCUGCAGUCUGCAGUGGAUAUGGCGUCACUGAAAAGUGUAGGAGUCGAGAAACUUCACCCAUGUAAAUAACAUCGCUAAGAAAGCUGUUAACAGAGUGUAUAUAGGAGUACAGAGAUCAAAGCUUAAGUAUAUUUACCAGCCUAUUUUAAUAAUGCCCAGGAAAAAGCCAUUUAGCAACAAACAGAAGAAGAAACAGCUACAAGUCAAACGGGAGAGAAAGAGAGGUGACACAGGUUCUGGGCCGAGCAGCCGCAAUGCCAGUGUGGAGCGAGGAGGGGAGCGACAGUCAGACACCUCUGACAGUGAGACCACUGAUAUUAGAAGAAUAAAUCAACAGCCUUUCGGCAGAGAAGGUAGAUAUGACCCCAACAGGUUCCGGCUGCACUUCGAGAAAGAAAGUAAAGAAGACGUUGAAAAGAGGAAGAAGGUGGCCAGGGAAAAGGUGCUGAAGCCGGUCUCAGACAAAGAACUCGAGACAAACAUCCAUGACACCUAUCCCUCAGAGAAAGGUCUCGGUUUCCCACGACGACCGUCCUGGAAUUAUGAAAUGACACGAGAGAACCUGCUGAGGAAAGAGGAGAAGUCGUACAGAGAUUACCUUGAUGACCUGCACACCAGAAACCCGCCCGGCACCCUCAGCCACUUUGAGCACAAUCUGGAGACAUGGAGGCAGCUGUGGAGAGUGUUGGAAAUGUCAGAUGUCAUCCUUCUUAUCGUGGACAUACGGCACCCGGUGCUACAGUUCCCUCCAGCCCUCUACCACUACAUCACAGGAGAUCUCCAGAAGCAGGUGGUCCUAGUGUUGAACAAAGCCGACCUGUGUCCUCCCCCACUGGUGAUCGCCUGGAAACACUACAUGACUUCUCAGUUCCCCCACCUGCAUAUAGUCUGCUUUACCUCCCACCCUGGGCAGCCCUACAGCACAGUGCUCCAAAAGAAGAGGAUGAGGAGGAAGGCUGACUGGAAUCACGCUGGAGGUCCAUUAGAUAUCCUGAAGGCCUGUCAGGACAUUGCAGCAGGGAGAGUUGAUCUAUCCAGCUGGGAGCAGAAGAUUAAGAGAGAUGCUGUUGCUGAACGCCUAUAUGGAGAGCGGCCAGAUGAAGGAGCUGAGUCGGUGCUGGUAGAGCAUCAAACUGACAGUGCUAUGGACAUGAGCAGCCCAUCCCAGGAGCUCUACAAAGAUGGAGUCCUCACUCUGGGCUGCAUAGGCUUUCCAAAUGUGGGCAAGUCAUCUGUGAUAAAUAGCCUGGUCGGGAAGAAGGUGGUCAGCGUGUCCCGAACCCCAGGCCACACCAAAUACUUCCAGACCUACUACCUCACUCCGACAGUGAAACUCUGUGACUGCCCCGGACUGGUUUUCCCCUCCCGCGUCGAUAAACAGUUGCAGAUUCUGGCAGGCAUCUACCCAGUGUCUCAGCUGCAGGAGCCCUACAGCUCAGUUGGUUAUCUGUGUGAAAGAACCCCCUUCCUUUCAGUGCUGAAGCUCAAACACCCCAGUUUACUGGAGAACAAACCUCACCUAGGAAACGAGGGUUCGGCAGAGCUCAACUGGACUGCAUGGGAUGUUUGUGAAGCAUGGGCAGAGAGGCGAGGCUACAAGACAGCAAAAGCAGCCCGUCACGAUGUGUAUCGUGCAGCUAACAGCCUCCUGCGGUUGGCCAUUGAUGGCAGAUUAUGUCUCUGCUUAAGACCACCUGGCUAUAGCUGCCUAAGAGAGCAUUGGGAGAAUCACCCAGACUUGCCGGAUAUAAUGGCUCUCCAAGGAAGAAUGACAGAGGAGGAAGGAGCCGGAGAGAGGGACGAUGACGAUGAUGGGGAGUCCAGCACAGAGCCAGAGGAAGAGAGAGACCGGGACGCAGAUGAUGAUGAGGACGGUGAUGAUGAAGAUGAGGGGUUUGGACACCCAGGAGGGAAGGACGAUAAGCCCUCUGGCUUCACUGUCAACAUGUAUAACGUCCUCCGGGAAAACGAGUGCGAGUGAUCACGGAUGUUGAAGACAAAAAUUGUUCCUCUUACCAGAGCUGUCCCCGUUUACCCCAGUACAUUCUUCAUUCCUUUUUUCCCCGAAUCUGCAUUCCUUCUCAUUUUUCCUGCAUCUCUGCUACUCAUAGCAAUAUCUUCUCAGUAUCCUGACAUGAUCUAAUUAAUUCAACUUGUUCCCUUUUCCUUAUAAUAUACAGAGCAUAUUUAUGUACUCCAUGCUGUGCCUCUGCUCUGCUUGUUCAUCCAUGUAGCUUAUUCUUUAGUCUUGCUCCUAGGAAUGGAUUUGGUUUGAUUUAUUUAAUCUUUCUUUUUUUUUGCAUGUACAGUAGUUCUCAAAAAAUGAACAAAAUAAUUUCCUUUAAACUGGAAUAAUCAUCAGACUGCUUUUUUUCGAUCUCUCUAUCAAAAAGUGACUUAAUAGCUGAGAUGCCAAAGUUCAGGGAGCGACGACAAAGCAAAUCAGAAGCGCUGAUCAUUAUGAUGUCAUUGACUGGAGCCGCCCGCCACUGGGCUCUCAGAGCAGCUUGAGAUUCAAGAACACGACUCUAACUCAUCUACGUGGACCAGAGUUAUUACAACUGUGGUCAAAGGGUGUGGGGUGGGAGAUGGGAGAUACCAAACCAUAAAAAUGGAAAUCAUAAAACCAACGUUUUCACUCACAGUUCUGCUGUUCACGGUUUUAUAGCUCUGUCAGGGGUUCAACUGUUUGAACUUUGUUUUGAUUUGAUGAAACUAUGUGUGAGGUAAAUAUUAGGUUGUUGUGGUUUUUCCAUAGUCGGCAGGAAAUGUAAUCUAAAUACUUAAGAUUGGUUUGGUAGUGAGGUAGCAGGAGUCUGUAUUGCUGGAUGAGGCUGUUUCAGGAAAUUUAACUUGUAGUGUUUUAACUACUCCAAAAAUAGUCCUUCAAUCUAAACAGAGAUCUACAGUAAUAAGUGCAGGAUGUUUGCUAUGCUCAUUCAGCAAGUUUUAAUGCUCAAGAAUAGUGAAGCAGGUUUGAUUCAAACUGUUUGGAAAUGAGCCCCACACUUUGGGAGACUAGCUUUUUGAUUACUUAUCGAGGAAUUGGAUGAGAAGGUUGAUGCCACUCUGUAUCUGGGGAAGGGAGAAGGUUAGCUUUGCUCAUCACAGAGACUGGAAACAUAAGAAACAACAACACGAUCUACCAACACAACAAUAGGUCACUCAGCUGUUCACCUGAUUUGGUAGUUUUACAACAAACAAAGCAUAAAGAACUGGAUUCAGUAUUUUCUAUCUGUGAUUUAUAUUCAGAUAUAUUUUUUCAACACUUCUCUCAAACACUCUCUCCUUUUCGUAAUAUUGAGAAUCCAGAAAGUCAACACCUGGACCAAGAAAUAGUCUGGUGCAUCACCCUGUGGGGAAACCAAUAUAUGCCAUGUAAUACUGUUUUAUUUUCGAUGGGUGUUGUCAUUUUUCCAGUCUUUGUCUUCAGUUAAACUAACCAGCUGCUCAUUUCAGUUUCAUAUUAACUGUAAAGACAUACAAUAAGAGUGGAGUGGAGUCAAUCUGCUCAUCUAACUCUAUCUGAAGUAGAUAAAAGUGUUGAACUAUUCUUUGAGCCACACAGAAAGAGAGACUGACCAUCUUAACUUCCACAUGUCCCAUCAUUAUGGGCAACAUUACACUCCAUCUUUGCUCUACUGUUAGGUUCAUGGACUACAAAUGACGUCAUAGUACUGUCAGAUAUCAGUAGUCAAAACUUCUAGUCAAAUAUGAAGAUCUGACUUUUUGUUUUUCUUCUCUUUCUCUCUACCUCUCUCUUCCUUGUUUUCUCUCUCCGGCCCGCUUCAAUCCCGAGUGCUGUAUUUCUGCGUGCUGUUGUCGUACCUAGUUCAUCUAUUCUCAGAGGGAACACUACAACACAGUGCUCCGUUACUGUGCAAUACAUCACGCUGCAGCCACAUGCUGUCAUUUCUACCCAUGGUACAGUUUAAAGCACUUACUCGACAAUACCAUGCUGUUAGGAACACAACAGACUUUUAGUUGUGUUGACAUGGACUUAAGGAAAGGUGUCUGGAGAGUGUAGUGUGAAGGCUUGAGGUGCAUUCAGGCUAUUUGCUGCAUUCCUCAUUUCAUUCCUUGUAUGCCUAAUGAUGACUGGAUGGCUUUCUGCAAUAAAGGAAAAUAAUCCUCUCA